AUGGCUGAUGCUUUCCAAUCUGAAGCAGUGGCUAUGUUGUAUGCAAUAAACAUUGCUAGCCAAAUGGGCUGUGAUAGAGUGAUGUUUGAAACAGAUUCUACACAGUUAAGAAGGGUUGUGUCUACUGAGGAAUAUGACCUGAGGAGGCAGGGGAGGAGGAGGAGAUCGAGUUCGAGCCGACGGAGGACGAGCUGGUGCUGCACUUCCUCCGGCCGCAGCUGCGCGGGUUCGCGCCGCGCGUGGCGGGCGCGGUGGUGGAGGCGGACCCGUGCGCGGCGACCCCCUGGGAGCUUCUUGCGCGGCACGGCCUGCUGCGGAGCGGGCGCGGUGGUGGAGGCGGACCCGUGCGCGGCGACCCCCUGGGAGCUUCUUGCGCGGCACGGCCUGCUGCGGAGCGGGCACGGCUACUUCUUCGCGGCGCGGCGGCGCGGGGAGGGCGCCCAGGCGCGGCGCACCCCGGAGGGCGGCGGCGGCGGCAAGUGGAUGCACAGCGGGAGCAAGGAGCACCGCCGGUCCGUGACGGAGCUGGGCGUGGUCGCGCGCUGGUCCAUGACGCUGUACUGCUUCUACUCCCGCGGCGGCGUGAGAGGGGAGGACGGGGCGCAGCAGGGGCGGCGGCGGAGCACCGGGUGGGCCAUGUCCGAGUACGAGAUCACGGACCCGCGGUGCUACCUCCGGGCCGACGACGGCGAGGAGGACCACUACUGGGUGCUCUGCCACGUCCGCCGCAGCGUCAAGAAGAACCUCAAGCCGCGGUCCUGGGAGUGCUGGAAGUCCUGGGAUCUCCAACAGUUCUCCGAGCAUGAGGGCAUCCACAGUGUGUAGAGGCAACCCAGCCUCUAAGGUGGGCCCCAUACACCUGCCUCUAAGCCAAUGCAUCCUUCCCGCAAUGUGAGCCUCUAAGCCCAUGGGCCCACCAGCUGCCUCUAACCACCGAACACUCUUCCCUUCGCGCAAAAAAUCCCCAAUCGAUUCCAAUCCCUAGCGGCUGCAGGAACCACGCCAUCGUCUCGACCGUCUCCGGCGACCAGGCAAACCAAAUACCUCGCGCGAGGCUGGACGACGGAGGCGGUUGAUCUAGCAGCUGGAUGUGGACUGCUGGUGGUGGCGGGGGGUGCAGCAACUGCGCCGGCAAGUGCGUCGAGGCGCAGCCGCCGGUGUAUUCCUGCUGACCAACUGCGCCGGCGAUGCCGAGGAAGCGCUACGCUGAUAGCGGCGGCAGCGGCGUUGUGCGAGUACUAGGCGCAGGUCUGGCGCAUGGGCGGGUUCACGCGGAAGCACAAGGUGAGAUGUGGCUGUUCAUGGGUUUCCUGUACGUGAGUAUGUGACUUUGUAUUUUGGUGGCUUUUGAGCUGAAUAUAGUAGGGAAUAUCACAUAUCUCCAUUACAGCCUUCUUAUAUUAAACAUUAGAAAAAAUAAAAGAUCUAGCAAUACAAAUAUUUUGGUGGCAGCAUACAGAGUACAUGGUGAACAAAUCUGGAAUAAACUAGUCUAGAAAUAAAAUUACAAAUUAUUUGUUGGGCCUCUAAUACAAGCUAAGGCUGACCACCCCCGAAUGGUUGCCAUAGAUACUCUAUCAAAUCGCCUUUGAGUUGUCGAUGUGUAGCUCGAUCACGAAUUGCUGAGCCUAUCUCCAGCACUCUGGCAAAUUCAUGAAUUGGCCCAUGGUUCAGAUUAUCUAUUUCGUUGUUAAAGGUACCCUGAUCAUAGUCAUAGUCGAAGCGAACCUCAUAGGAAUCCCGCUCAUCCUCGACUAUCAUAUUAUGCAAUAUAACACAUGCAUACAUGAUAUCAGCAAUAUCUUGCCUAUACCAAAGAUUAACCGGACCACGUACAAUAGCAAAUCGAGAUUGUAGAACUCCAAAUGCAUGUUCAACAUCUUUUCUUGCACCUUCUUGCAUCUUUGCAAACAAUUUUGUCUUGUCAGUUGGGGGCAAGCGGAUUGUCUUCUAGCAUGAUUGUUGGUACUCCAUAAUCACCACGAGUAAACUGCGCCUUCCAAGGGACAGGGCAAUUUUUCCACUCCCAAUGCAUGCAAUCAAUACUUCCUAGCAUACCAGGGAAUCCACGAGCCUCUCCUAUAUGAAGUAAGCGUUGAACAUCUUCUUCAGUAGGUCUUCGCAAAUAUACUUCACCAAAGUUCUCUCUAAUGCCUUUUGCAAAUUCUCUCAAGGACUCAAGGGAUGUGGUUUCAGCCAUACUUAGAGUGUCAUCGAUAUAAUCUGCCGGGACACCAUAGGCUAACAUCCGCAUAGCUGCUGUACACUUUUGCAAUGGUGAAAAACCUUUCUUGCCAAAGGCAUCAUACCUUUGACUAAAGUAAGGUGACCAAUCACCAAGAGUGUGCAUAAUAUGUUCAAAUAGAUGCUUUCUCAUUCGAUACCUUCGACGAAAUUGCUUGGGGCUGAAGACUGGGACAUCGGCGAAGUACUCAGCAUACAACUUGUUGUGGCCGGCUUGACGAUCUCUGGCUCUGUAUCUUCGAUGAUGCUUUUGUGGCUGGCUAGGAAAUAGUUGUCUACCUAUAAUAGAUUCAAUGGAAUUUUCGAUUUUGUCAUCCAUUGAAUCAUUUCCAUCACUGCUAGAACUAAUUGAAAUGGAGGAGAAGGAGUCUGAAGACAUGUUUGAAGUGGACGAGCUACUGGUGUAUGCCUCCAGAAGUGGAGUCCUUUAUUUGUAGUGCAUUAUGUUUCCAACGGCUAGUUUUCUGCACAUGUAUUCUGGUUCCAACAGCUAGUUUUCUGAACAUGCAGCUAUUUUCAACGGCUAGUUUUCUGCACAUUUAUUCUGGUUCCAACGGCUAGUUUUCUGAACAUGCAGCUCUUUUCAACGGCUAGUUUUCUGUCAUUACUGUUUGAUACAUUGCUGGAACAUUGAUACAUUGAUGAUAGACUAAAUAAUACAAUACCAAAACUAAAAGAUAUCUUUGACAGAAAUGGAAAGAUACAUUGAUGAGAGCCUGAAACUAAAUGAUACAAUACCGAAACUAAAAGAUACAUUGUUGAAAUGGAAAGAUACAUUGAUGAGAGGCUGAAACUAAAUGGUACUAGUAAUUAUUAAAUAGAUAGCUCCAUGCCUAGAAGAUUCAGAAGCUGGUUAUAUCGCUGUAGCUUUGCUGCAUCAUAUCCGGAUGUGUCUGUCUCCAGUAACUUCAUAUACUUGCUCAAUUUUUUGGUUCUUGCCUUCUCAAGUGUGGUAGCAGCUAAUCUUUCAUUGCAGAUGCCUUCUCCUUUCUUGCUUCUGCAGCCAUCUCUAUUGCAGUUGAUUUUCUUGCUAUGGCAUCAUGAUAUAGUUGCAUAGUUGGAUCUGGCAGGUUGCUUGAAGAAGAGUCGGCCUUUGCUGGGGCCUUUCCUUUGCGUUUUGCGCCCUUCUGUCCCGGAGGACGACGUUCCAAUGGUCUGUCCACUGAUUCUUCAACAUCUUUACUAGAAGAAGAAAUGAGGCUGAGGCGAAUAAUGAAAAUAUCCGGCAUCUUUGUUGAUCCUAGCAUGUGGAUCAAUCCCGGUGAAGCCGGCGGCUGCAGAAGAUGAAUGACCAUAUGAACCUCCUCCAUACACUCCUUGGAAACCUGAGGUAUGUGGAGGUGGAAAUGGAUACAUGUUCUGUGCAUACAUGGGAUGCAAAUAUUGCCCAUGCUGAGAGGAUGAAGCACUUGUGAACUGGUGAGGUGGGGUGGCAGAUGGGGUAUAGUUUCGAUUUUCUGGAUCUUGGCUUGAGCAACUAUUUAGCAUCCUAGUGAAAUUUCCUGGAGAGUGCUCCAUGAAUGUGAAGUUUUUUGAGGUGUCUAGGCUCCCAGUUGGUUUGGGUGUGUGCAAACUUAUUGUUCAAAGCCCUAGUAUAUAUACUGAUAGAUGUGUGUAUGCACACACUUGUUGUAACGGCCAUAAUUUGUUGUUUAUUAUUAUUUUGAAAUGCAACGGUUGUAUUGGAUUGGAUGUGUAUGCUCAGAACAAACUGAGCUUUGCCAGUUUGCACUGUAUAACGGUUGCCCUUGGCUUGCUAGGCAACGGCUGGUGUGUUCA